AUGCAGUGACCUUACAUAAAAGAAACCUCCCAGUCAUGCCUCAAUUGCCGCUGCCUCAGCCCUCAACUUGGCUUUCCUGAGCCCCAGAAACAAAGGGGCAAGACCAGAAGCACAAUAGCAACAUGUCGCCAGAACUUUGCAGAGACAGCUGCUUCCUCUGUCUUCGCAAACCCCGAGUCUCUCCCAUCUUUGCAAGAAACAUUUGCUGAAUUCUCCAAAGCUUAUCCACAAUAUAAUGAAACCUGUCAAGUUGAUCAAAUUUGAGAACAGGAAUACUAUCAUAUCUCACUCUCCCACCGUACCUUCCUUGAUUAUAUUGGCAUCGGUCUCUUCUCCUAUUCCCAGCUACAAAAACAUGACUCCAGAAAACAAAUUGUCUCUUCUUCUCCACAUUCACCUCCUCAAAUUUCACAUUUUCUCUUAUUCAGUGUCUCCUACAAGAUGGGAAAUCUGAAGACACAGCUACUUCACGGUGGCCAAGAAUCAGAAUUAGAGUCUGCAGUAAGGAGACGGAUCAUGAGUUUUCUAAAUAUACCUGAAAAUGAUUAUUGUAUGGUUUUCACUGCCAGAAGAACAUCAGCUUUCAAACUUGUAGCAGAAUCUUACCCUUUCCAAUAUAGUCAGAAGCUUCUGAGUUAUGACUAUGAAAGUGAAGCAGUAGAAACCAUGAUUAACUGUUCUAAGAAAAAAGGAGGCGAAGUCAUGUCAGCCGAGUUCUCAUGGCCUAGGCUCAGGAUUGAUUCAGCAAACUUAAGGAAGAUGGUAAUGAGGAACAGAAAAAAGAACAUGAAGAGAGGACUAUUUGUCUUUCCUCUUCAUUCUAGAGUGACUGGAGCCAGAUAUCCUUAUUUGUGAUUGAGUAUCCUCAGGAGAUGGCUGCAUAUCUUGAUUGAUGCUUGUGCAUUGGGACCAAAAGGCAUGGACAGCUUUGGCCUCCCUCUCAUUCGCCCAGACUUCCUCAUUUGUUCCUUCUACAAGAUUUUUGGGGAAAACCCAUCUGGAUUUGGAUGCUCUACUGUUCCCCUCUUGGCAGAAUCAACCAUUACUGGAAUGGUAAGUCUUGUCCCAGCAAAGAAGCUUUGGUUCCUGGACAAUUCUUCUGGUACUGAUAAAGAACUUGAAAAGAUGUAUAAAUUUGUUUUAGAAGAUGAAUUAGAUACAUCAAACUCUUUUUCAGGUCCAAUGCCCGUCCCAAAGAUAUAUUUUGGAGAACUGGAACAAGGAGAAACCUCCGAGUCCCAAACCAAAGUAAAAACUGGAAAAAAGAAAGCAUCAGAAACCUCUGAGACUGAAACAGCAAGAACAGCUGCAGAACAGGAAGUACCAGAAACUCCAGCCUCCAAGUCUCAAACCAUAGUAGCAUCUGCAAGACGAAAAGAACCAGAAACUUCAGAAAUUAUUGACUAAGAAAACCUGCUAAAGUAAUCGAACAAGAAACUUCAAAAACCAGCUGGGACCACAGAGGUCGAAUGCAAGGGAUUGGAUCAAAUUGAUUUAUUGGGACUGACACAGAUCAGUAACAGGGCAAGGUGCCUGAUCAAUAGGCUGGUGAAUGCUUUAAUGAAGCUCAAGCAUCCAAAUAUGGAGGAAAUCCCUGACAUUAGAAUAUAUGGGUCAAAGAUAAAGUUUGAUAGGGGACCUGCAUUGGCAUUCAAUGUGUUUGAUUGGAAAGGAGAAAAAGUUGAGGCUCCUCUCAUACAAAAGGUCGCUGAUCGAAGCAACAUAUCUCUCAGCUGCAGGUUCUUGCACCACAUCUCAUUCUCAUAUAAGUAUGAAGAAGAAAAGGCAACAGUUCUUGAGAGAAGAACAUAUGGAGCAAAAGGAAGAUUAACCAAAAAGAGUAAAGAAAAAGCCAAUAUGGGUAUAGCAGUAGUUAAGAAAGAGGUAGGCCUUAUUGUUCUUUCAUAUGAUAAAUUCAAGACCUUGCAUUAAGUGCACAAUCUUAUGUAUAUCAUUUUUCGUUUCAAUCCCAGUAGCAUACUUUGCACUUGCACUUUAG